UCACUUCCCACGCGCGCGAGAUCCUGCUAACGGCAGCUAACCGACUGACUGACAACAGAAAACUCUCCGGGACAUUUUACAGUUUGUCUUGACAGUGUCAGUGUCACCGCAGCUGCCCGCAAAGUCCGAGUGUCUCCGCCGUCUGAAGAGUCUCCGCGGGUCAGACGCAGCCGCGGCUCGGUACGGAGGGCUGGUCCGGUUGUUGACAUCCACGAAGAGGACGGAUGUGUCAGUAGCUCCUGUACACUAGUAGCUACUUCUUCGCGGAAGUUUUUUUUCCCCUCUGUGAUGCUUUUAAACCCUUAGUUCACUCCGACUCGGCAUCAAGCCUGGAUUUUUUUUGAAUUAUUUUAUUUUAGUCGUUGUUUGCGAUGAAGCUGCAGUGUGAUGUCGAGGUGGUGAAUCGGUUGCUCCCCACGUUUGGGAUGAAAAGUCGAGGGAAAGGGACGAGAGCGGUGCUGUCCAUCGGGAAGCAUUUGGACAAGACGAGUCAACGCUGCAACAUUUACAUGAUGAUCUGCACAGCUAAAGACAGAGCAGGCUCAAAGUACAAGCUGAAAGACAACAUAGAGAAGUUCUUCACUUGGUUUGUGGAGGAAGGCAAGGCCACUGUGAGAUUAAAGGAACCUGCUGUUGACAUUUGUUUGAGCAAGGCUGAUUCAAACAGUUUGAAGAACUUCCUCUCAGCUGCUCGUCUGGCACACAGGGGAGGUGACGCGAGCAGCCUUCCUCUCUCCACGCUCACUCCGGUUCGCGCCAGAGACGUAGAGCAACCCAAGAAGAAGCUCACCAUCGUCUCCAAGAAGGACUACCCCCUCACGUCCAACUUCCCCUACUCUUUGGAGCAGCUGCAGGUCUCCUACUGCAAACUCUCGCGGGUGGACAUGCGGAUGCUGUCCCUUAAAGCUCUCCGCAAGCUAGACCUCAGUAACAACCACAUCAAGAAACUCCCCGCCACCAUCGGUGACCUCAGCUGCCUCUCAGAGCUCAUCCUUCACAACAACCACCUGGAAGCCUUCAGCCAGGCGCUCUGCCUGUCCACCCUGCAGCGGACGCUCCAGGUCCUGGACCUCAGCCAGAAUCGACUGCAGUCCCUCCCCGCUCAGUUCUGCCAGCUCAAAGAACUAGUGAACCUCAAACUGGACGACAACGAGCUCGUCUGUUUGCCGUUCCACGUCGGCCGACUCUCUAAAUUGAGAUUUCUGUCAGCGGCGCACAACCAGCUAGCUGUGCUGCCCAGUGACUUCCGUAAGCUGAGUCUGGAGAACCUGGACCUGUUUGGGAAUCCGUUCAUCCAGCCGAACCCUCUGGACCACACCAUGAAACUCACAUUCCCCCUGUCGCUCCAAGAGUUGGCUUCCAGAGCCGUGGCAAACCUCAGGUUACCAUACGGACCUCACCUCCUCCCUGCCCACUUGUGUCGGGACCUUGAAGUCGCCAAGACCUGCGACUGCGGCCGUGUGUGCAUCAGUUUCUACAUCAAGACAGCAGUCAGCAUGAACCUGCACCAAGUCUCUCACACGGUGGUCCUGGUGGACGACAUGGGGGGCACAGACGCUCCGGUGCAGCAGCACUUCUGCUCCCUCUCUUGCUACUCUGAAUUUUUAGACAACUCCCUCCAGAGAGGGAUCAGAUGAGGAAGAACUAACUCUUUGUGUGACAAUAAACACGCCAAAUUGCUGUGGAUUUUGCAAAAGGUUGCAAAUUACCAGACGCUGUUGGAGCGUACAGGUUCCUGGGAAAGGAGAAUAUCAACUGACUGAUUAACCUUUUUAAAAGUGCUUCAAACUGCCUGUUUUACACUUCUAUUCUACUCAAAAUGCACUUCUCACUGAGCUGCUCCAUAUGUAACUGAGCGGCACUGACUUUAUGGAAUAAUAGCAGCAACACUGACACAGAAUGACAGUUUGCUAUCGCUGCUGGUAAGUGUCAUACACCGUGUUCUUCCUGCCUCCUGGGGCCCUUUCACACCUCCUUGUUUGGUCCAGACUUUUUAUUUUGUUACGUGAAAUUUUCCAUUCCAAAAACCUUUUUUUCCUGACAAAUCAUGGAAAGUUUUGGCAGGCUGUCAUCAAGAGAUAUGAGUAGUGUGGCACCUCCUGCGUAGUGUGUGUUGAGCAACAGAGAGAUGGUGUUGGUAGCUGCGGCCAGAGUAGAGGGGAAAUUAGCAGUUAACCCUUUGAAACCUGGAUCAACAUCACUUCUUUUGUGCUGCUUUCAGGCACCUUUCAUAAGUAUUUAAA